CAAUACCCAGAUCGCGAGAUGACGAUUCGUAGUACAAAUAGUGAAUCAUCCGGCAAAAGUGCGGAACACAAUGAAUGAGGGAGACCAUCUCUCAAUGAGAAUUAGUAAUUCAGAUACCAUUCAGCACUCGAUAGCUCUUGAUCUGUACUGCAAAAAUUGUUCCCGGAUACCACCUUAUUUAAUUUGGCACAGUGAUCUUUCCCACGAAAAGUGAAAGAAUAUUGUUAUCAGUGUUGUGUAAUCGUGCGAUAGAAACGACUUGUUUUUAGCGUGAAAGACUCUUUAUUUAAUGAAGACUUAAAAUUCAGUGGAAAUUCGUUUGAGUUUGAGAAUGAGAAUAACGCCUUACAAAUGCAAUGUUAACUGAUAACGACUUAUAUUCAGACAAAUAUUGAUAUUUUUCAAUAAAAAAAAUACCUUCGCAUCGAUAUGAGAGUUACACUGUAACGACGAUUAGUGUAAGUUUUCACUUCUAAACGAAAUGAUUAUCAAAAGUUUUCCCUCUACAAAUUAAGAAAUAAAUUUAAUUAAAUAAAAAAAAAUAUCAAUUUCUUCUCUAAAAAAAUCCACCCUGUAGUGUUAGCCUAAAACAGUCUCUUGGUGAAUCGAUGGUGAAGUUGAAAAAUGUGAAUUAGUUUCAAUUAAAUUCAAUUAGAAAUUGACCGGAGGGUUAAUAAUCAUGCUGCCCAUUUGUGCUGUAUGCAUGGAGUUCUGAUGAGAUAGAUGAGGGAAUAUUUGUGCGGGAGAGAAUAUGAUGGAGAUGUGAUCUCCCUCCCUAAACUCUAAAGGAAAUUCCGGAGAAAAAUUUAGCCAAUAAGCAGUGUGGUCAGAAGACCAGGGAUGAAUGACAGCAUUUUGGAAUCUCCAGACUCCCCCGAGGGAGAAUUUACGCGAUUCUCCAGGACACUCCUGACACUAGGGGCUGUUUUCACAAUCAUCAUCCUCGUUGUUGGGGUAUUUGGAAAUUUACUAACAAUCAUCUCACUCAUAAGAUGUCCCAAAGUGAGGAAUAUUGCAGCAUCAUUUAUUAUCAGCUUGUGUCUGGCUGACUUCAUCUUCUGUAUCUUCGUCUUGCCAUUCAACGCCAUCCGUUUUAUUCACGGCUCUUGGCGUCUCGGUGAUCUGCUAUGCAAAUUAGUGCCAUUUGUGCAAUACGGCAGCAUAGGUGUUUCCCUCCUCAGCAUCGCCAUGAUAACAGUCAAUCGGUACGUGAUGAUAGUGCACCACAGUGCCUAUGCACAGGUGUAUCGAAGGCAUUGGAUUGUGGCUAUGAUUCUAUUCUGCUGGCUCUUCUCCUACGGCAUGCAAGUUCCCACUUUGCUGGGAGUCUGGGGAGCCUUCGGAUACGACAGUAAACUUGGCACUUGUUCCAUACUCAAAGACGAAUAUGGACGAAGCAGUAAGACACCACUUUUCGUGAUUGCCUUUGUUAUUCCUUGCCUCCUCAUUGUUCUGUGCUACACGAGGAUCUUCUGGGUGGUACAUAAGUCCGAAAUGCGGAUGAAACAGCAUGCCUCUGUAGCCAAUGCCGUGCCAAAUAAUCUCAGACCUGCUGCACCUAGUAGAGCAGUUUCUGCGGAUGUUCAAACAGUGGACAAUGGAAGUCCUGCCCGGGCAGUAUCUACAGCACCCCAACCAGUUCGCAUUAAAAAUCAGCGAGAUAUCAAGGCGCGGAGAAAUGAAUGGAAGAUAACAAAGAUGGUGCUAGCGAUCUUCAUCUCCUUCAUUGCGUGCUAUCUUCCCAUCACGGUGAUCAAGAUAGCUGAUAAGGAUGUAGCCCAUCCGGCAGCUCAUGUCUUCGGUUAUGUGAUGCUGUACCUGUCCGCUUGCAUCAAUCCCAUCAUCUAUGUGAUAAUGAACAAACAGUACCGACAGGCCUACAAAACGGUCCUGCUCUGUCGCUCAACAUCAAUGCUCACACCAAAGACUCCUCGCACGAGUGGCGGUAACAGUGAGAAAUGGAAGGACGCCGCAUUCAGCUACAAUCUCAAUCGUACCCAGGUUUUGGAAGUGUCCAUGGCCGAAUAGCGGCUGGCAUCCCCUUGACCGCGGCCGCAUCCACGGCACUGCAGUGGAACUAUAGCAAAUAAAUCAUUUGACCACGCAACUUCCAAUCACUUUCCCCAACACCCACCACCAAGCAAUAAACAAGGCACUGAUAUUAGCUAUUAGGAUGAGAAUGAGGAUUUUACUAAAGGAUAUUAUUUGAUUUACAUUGUGAAUUUAAAUGCGCAUGUGAAUGUCCAGGACAGUGGAAGUGGACAGUGUUUGGGACACAACGUUCCCAUUGACGACCAAUCAUAAUUUGAAAUAUAUUUUGUGGUAAGCGUAAGAA